AUGCGCUAUUCUGCAGCCACCCUUGCCGCCUCUGCGGCUGGCCUAGCCGCCAAUGUCGCCGCAAACAGCGCUGGCUGCGGGACGACCCCAAGCCUCAGUAGCGGGCUGAACUCCCUCACCGUCAAUGGACAAAACAGGGAAUACAUCAUCCAAACCCCCGACAACUACGACUCCAGCACUCCUCACAAGCUCGUGAUCGGCUACCACUGGCGCGACGGUACGAUGAACAAUGUCGUGGAUGGCGGCUUCUACGGACUGAGCUACCUUGCCGGCGAUGUGCCCACCAUCUUCGUUGCUCCCCAAGGCAUUGACAAUGGUUGGGCCAACAGCAACGGCGACGACAUUGCCUUCACCGACGCCAUCCUCGAGGCGGUCGAGUCCAGCUACUGCAUUGACGAGGAGCGCCGCUUUGCCACCGGCUGGAGCUGGGGUGGUGGCAUGAGCUACUCCGUUGCCUGCUCCCGUGCCGACGUCUUCCGCGCCGUGGCCGUGCUCUCCGGCGCCGAAAUCAGUGGCUGCGACGGCGGUUCCGUCCCCAUCGCCUACUUCGGGCAGCACGGUGUCAGUGACAGCGUCCUGCCGAUCGACCUCGGUCGCCAGUUGCGGGACCACUUUGUCCAGGUCAACGGAUGUGAUGCUGCGAGCCCCCAGGAGCCGGCCGCCGGCAGUGGCACGCAUACCGUCACGGAUUACACGGGCUGCUCUGACGGACACCCGGUCCAGUGGGUUGCUUUUGAUGGUGACCAUGAGCCGACUCCUUCGGAUGCGGGGGCCCAGAAUUCUUUUACUGGAGGGCUGAUCUGGGACUUUUUCUCUCAGUUCUAG